GGUGGACAUAGGCGUACACUAUGACCUGAUGCUGUGUGACCAGAGAGCAGUGAGUGAGUGGCAGUGCUGUCUGAAACAAGUGAGGGCACAUAAUGCCAAACCUCUCAAUGGUGUUUGAUUAGGUUUUACCGUGAUGCAGGCUUCUGUGGGAACAGUCCCUGGCUCAGAGGGUGGGGACCAUAUAGCGUCUCUGUCUAGACUGGAGUCCAGAAGGAUCUUUGAAUUCGAGACACUUAUCCCCAAUGGUGCAAAUGCGGAAAUGGAGCUCUUUGGGUUUUUGUAAUGGGUCAAGUGCCUUUCCAAGACGUGACAUCGAGGUCAGGCUGUCUACCAGCACCUCAAUCUCAACUCCGGGUGGAGGGGGGGCCCGACCCUCGUCUGCACUCUGAAUACCCCUGUAUUUGAAUAUAAUCCAGGUCUCAUGAGAUGGCCACAGAUGACAAGUCCUCUCCUACACUGGAAUCUGCCAGCGAGCUGCCCAGGUCUCCGAGUAGUCCAUCCCAUCUUACUCAUUUUAAACCUCUGACCCCAGAUCAAGAUGAUCCACCCUUUAAGUCUGCCUACAGUUCCUUUGUGAAUCUUUUCCGCUUUAACAAAGAUGAGGUCAGAACAGCUUCUGCUGCAGACAAGUCAGAGCUUGGGCCUAGUGACCAUGCCGUAAGAAAUACCUGGUCCAGUCCACAUCACUCGCCAACAUCACAGUCUGUUAAGUUCCCAGUGCAAUACAAGAAGCAGUUACUUGGAGAAAGAAGGUCCUCUACCAGCUCAGAAACCAGAAGAAAGCCAGAGCCGCCUCUAGGUCACGAUCCUCGCACGGCUGUGCAGCUGCGCAGUCUGAGCACAGUGGUCAAGCGCCUGAAGGAGAUUAUGGAAGGAAAGAGUCAGGAUAGUGACUUGAAGCAGUAUUGGAUGCCUGACAGCCAAUGUAAGGAGUGCUACGACUGCAAUGAAAAGUUCACCACUUUCCGACGGAGACAUCACUGUCGACUUUGUGGCCAGAUUUUCUGCAGCCGCUGCUGCAACCAGGAAAUCCCUGGGAAAUUCAUGGGAUAUACAGGUGAUCUACGGGCAUGUACCUAUUGCUGCAAGAUUGCCAUAAACUAUGCACAUUCCACUGAUGGCCAUACUUUUGGAGAAGACUUGAAUGCUCUCUCAGACUCCUCCUGUUCGGUAUCUCUUUUGGAUCCUGGGGAACCUCGCACUCCAGUGGGAGGAAGAAAGUCUAGCCGCAACAUUUUCUUAGAGGAAGAUCUUGCUUGGCAAAGUCUUGUUCACCAGGAAUCCUCAAAGCCAUCACUGUCAACACGCUUAGCUUCUGUUCAAGAAGAUGCUGGGAAGUCCCCAGCAAGAAACAGGUCCGCCAGUAUUACUAACCUGUCAUUAGACCGCUCUGGCUCUCCCAUGGUACCAUCCUAUGAGUCAUCUGUCAGCCCUCAGGCCUCCCGCACUUACCUGAAGAAUGACACUAAUGAAGAGGAGAGGAAGAUACUUUUGGAUUCUGUGCAGCUGAAAGAACUGUGGAAGAAGAUCUGUCACAACAAUAGUGGCAUGGAAUUUCAGGAUCACCGAUACUGGCUGCGCACAUACCCGAACUGCAUUGUGGGGAAGGAACUAGUUAACUGGUUGAUUAGAAAUGGACACGUCACCUCUAGAGCUCAAGCUAUAGCCAUUGGUCAAGCCCUUGUUGAUGGCAGAUGGCUGGACUGCGUCACCCACCACGAUCAGCUUUUCCGUGAUGAAUAUGCCCUGUACCGACCUCUGCAGAGCACAGAGUUCUCAGAGACCCCAUCACCUGACAGCGAUUCUGUGAAUUCUGUGGAAGGACAUUCUGAACCAUCUUGGUUUAAAGACAUCAAAUUUGAUGACAGUGAUACAGAACAGAUUGCAGAUGAAGGAGAAGACAACUUAACCAAUUCUGCAAGUCCUAGCAAACGUACAUCAGUCAGCAGCUUCCAAUCUGCUAUGGACAGUGAUUCGGCCGCUUCCAUCAGCCUCAAUGUUGAGAUGGACAACGUCAACUUCCACAUCAAGAAGCACUCCAAGUAUCCCCAUGUGCCCCCUCACCCUGCUGACCAGAAAGAGUUUCUUCUGUCUGAAGAUGGUGGACAGCAGAUGAUCUCCAUAAGUGACGCAUUCAUUAAAGAGUCUCUGUUUAAUAGACGUGUGGAGGAGAAAUCUAAAGACCUUCCUUUUACUCCCUUGGGUUGGCACCACAACACCCUGGAUCAGCUGCGAGAAGAAAAUGGAGAGAAGCAGGCAAUGGAAAGGCUUUUGUCAGCCAACCACAGUCACAUGAUGUCCCUUUUACAGCAGCUGCUCUAUAAUGAGUCUUUGUCACUUUCUUGGCGUGACGUUAUUGUGCCAGUAGUAUGUCAGGUGGUCCAGACUGUCCGACCUGAUGUCAAAAAUGAUGAUGAUAUGGACAUUCGCCAGUAUGUCCACAUCAAAAAAAUUCCUGGUGGAAAGAAAUCUGACUCCAUGGUGGUUAAUGGCUUUGUCUGCACUAAAAAUAUUGCCCACAAAAAGAUGAAUGCCAGCAUUAAAAGCCCCAAAAUAUUGCUAUUAAAAUGCUCCAUUGAAUAUUUGUACCGAGAAGAGACAAAGUUUACAUGCAUUGAUCCAAUCGUCCUUCAGGAAAGGGAAUUUCUGAAGAACUAUGUUCAGAGGAUAGUUGAUGUUCGACCAACGCUGGUUCUUGUGGAAAAGACUGUGUCCAGGAUAGCACAAGAUAUGCUGUUAGAACACGGAAUAACCUUGGUUAUCAAUGUCAAACCGCAAGUUUUAGAUCAAGUGAGUAGGAUGACUCAAGGAGACCUGGUAAUGUCUAUGGACCAACUCUUAACAAAACCUCGUCUCGGGACGUGUAACAAGUUUUAUAUACAAGUAUUUCCGCUGCCUAACGAUGAAUCUAAAACGCUGAUGUUCUUUGAAGGAUGUCCUCAGCACCUGGGGUGCACCAUAAAGCUAAGUGGAGGAUCAGAGUAUGAGCUGGCACGAGUGAAAGACAUAAUAAUCUUUAUGGUCUAUGCAGCAUACCAUUCCCAGUUGGAAAUUUCAUUUCUUAUGGAUGAGUUUGCUAUGCCACCUACACUGCCUAAAAGUAGCUCUUUUCGAUCUCUUAUUGAAGGACAUGAAGGAGAUGGGAGCCAAAAAGAUCUUUUUAAUGGGGAGGAAUGCAGCAUUAUUAAUUGGGAAUGUGACCGCUCUUUAGAUCGUUUGCAUGUCAUUUCAGAGUCCCAGUCUUCUGAGAAUAUAGAGUUCACAGAACAAAGUUCUUACUUUGAGGAGAUAGGAGAGUUGGACAGUAAAAGUUCUGAAACAUCAUCUUCAGCUUAUCAGGACCUUCCCAUAUUGUUAUCAAAUUCAUCCAUUUUGUCUUCAGUCUCAAUUGAACCUGAGCUUUUUACUCAGAUGUGUCUAAUUCCUGGUAUUUCCAAUGAUGAUGUGUCACAGAAAUUUGAAGAGGAAGAAGAACCCAAAAAUGAACUUCGACUUUUCCGUGAUCCACUGCAAGAUGAUACUGGGUUGUAUAUAACUGAAGAAGUUGCCUCCACCGAUGAUAGGCUCAAAGUACACUCCAUAGCUUUCAAACAGGAACUUAAAGAUGUCAUUUUGAGUAUUUCUCCGAUAAUUUCAUUUAAGGAUCCUUUUCUAUUAACAGAAAAGGGUAUGAGGUGCCCCACAAGGGACUAUUUUCCAGAGCAAGUGUACGUGUCGCCAUUACUCAACAAGGAAAUGAAAGAGAUGGAGAGCCGGAGGAAAAAACAACUUUUGCGUGAACUUUCUAAUUUACAGGGAAUCAAUGGAAGUGAUCAGGGUAAGAUCAUUGAGGUUCUUCCAUCUCAUGAGCUGCUGAGCACUAAAAUUGCAGAGCACUUAGGAGACAGCCAGAAUCUGGCUAGAAUUCUAGCAGACUAUCGGGCUAGAGGCGGCAGAAUACGACAGAAGGAUGUUGAUCCAUUUGUUCAAACCAAGGAGACACCAAAUGGCCUCCUAAAUAAACAUGAAACUAAGUAUGACUCAGAGGAAGACAAGGGAAUAAACCAAAAUGAGAUGUCUUGGAACUCCAAGAUUGACUGUCUCAGCGUGUUGAACCACCAGCGGCUUUGUGUCCUGUUCAGCAGCUCUAGUGCACUCUCCAUCAAUGCCCCUAGUGCCUGUGUUAGUCCUUGGAUUGUUACAAUGGAGUUUUAUGGGAAGAAUGAUCUGACCUUAGGUGUUUUCCUAGAAAGAUACUGCUUCAGACCGUCAUAUCAGUGCCCCAGUGUAUUCUGUGACACACCAAUGGUGCACCACAUAAGACGUUUUGUUCAUGGAAAUGGCUGUGUUCAGAUUAUUCUGAAAGAGUUGGACUCUCCUGUUCCUGGUUACCAACACACUAUCCUCACAUAUUCCUGGUGUAGGAUCUGCCAGCAGGUGACCCCUGUUGUACCACUUUCCAAUGAAUCCUGGUCUAUGUCAUUUGCAAAAUAUUUGGAGCUACGGUUUUAUGGCAAUCAGUAUACUCGAAGAGCCAAUGCUGAACCCUGUGGUCAUAGCAUUCACCACAACUACCACCAGUACUUCUCAUACAACCAGAUGGUAGCAUCAUUCAGUUAUUCCUCCAUUCGACUGCUUGAAGUGUGUGUCCCAUUGCCAAAAAUAUACAUCAAGCAGCACACUCCAGCAAAAGUGUCAGUCUUACAAGAUUUGAAAGAUUUCUCUCAGAAAGUGACUCAGGUAUAUUCUGCAGUGGAUGAUCGCCUCACCUCCCUGAAGACAGACACCUUUAAUAAAACAAGAGAGGAAAAGAUGGAAGAUCUGUUUGCAAAGAAAGAGAUGGAGGAAGUUGAGUUUCGGAACUGGAUUGAGAAACUUCAGGCCAGGAUGCUCUGCUCCAACAUGGACUCUCCACAACAGCUGCAGUCGGUCUUUGAGUCAAUUAUAGUGAAGAAGCAAUCGCUAUGUGAGAUGCUGCAAGCCUGGAACAACAGGUUGCAAGACCUUUUCCAGCAAGAAAAGGGCCGUAAACGACCGUCUGUGCCGGCAAGUCCUGGGAGAAUGAGACAAGGCGACGAGACAAAGGCAAGUGGUAUGGAUGCUUCUCCACGUAACUCCUCUCCUGCACAGAAUGGUGAAAGAGAAGAUCGAUUCAUGACCACCUUGUCUCAAAGUUCCACUGGCUCUACACAUCUGCAAAUACCAAGCCCCCCGGAACUGGUUGCUGAUCAGGUUUUUACUGGUGCUCCAAAUACAACGGAGGUGGACACUGCCAGCAGUUGUGAAGAUGUUUUUGAUGGUCAUUUGUUGGGGUCUACAGACAGUCAAGUGAAGGAGAAAUCCACUAUGAAAGCAAUAUUUGCAAACCUGCUACCUGGAAACAAUUAUAACCCUAUUCCACUUCCUUUUGAUCCAGAUAAACACUACCUUAUGUACGAGCAUGAGCGUGUGCCUAUAGCCGUGUGUGAGAAGGAGCCUAGCUCCAUCAUUGCAUUUGCUCUCAGCUGUAAAGAAUAUAGAAACGCUUUGGAUGAUUUAUCUAAGGUCUCCCUGAAGAUCUGCCCAGAAGAAGGAGCUCUGCCUAGCAGCAUGAUGGACAACAGGCCAAAAACAAGCAGUCCGUCUAGAAUGCAAGAAAAUAGCCUGUCUCAAUCUAACCGCGCAGCAGAAGCAGAACCUCAGAAUCCUGGUAAAAAGACUUCAGGGGUCUUGUCUUUUUUUCGUGGGACAGGUGGGAAGAGUCCAGACUUAUCAGCACCGAGAAAGGAAACCUUACGAGGUGCCGACAGUGCUUAUUAUCAAGUUGGGCAGAUGGGGAGGGAAGGUACAGAUAACCAAGGAGCUGAAAAUCAAGAUGAUCCCGAUGGUGGAGAUAAGCAGAAAAAACAGUCUGGGAACCCCCAUGUUGAGCUGCAGUUUUCAGAUGCCAAUGCAAAGUUUUACUGCCGUAUUUACUAUGCUGGAGAGUUUCACAGAAUGCGCAAAGUCAUUCUGGGAAGUAGUGAAGAGGACUUCAUCCGCUCCCUAGCACAUUGUGUACCAUGGCAAGCUCGAGGUGGAAAGUCUGGUGCUGCAUUUUAUGCAACAGAAGAUGACAGAUUUAUUUUGAAACAGAUGCCUCGCCUAGAAGUUCAGUCGUUUCUUGACUUCGCCCCACACUACUUCACGUACAUUACUAAUGCUGUGCAAAUGAAGAGACCAACAGCAUUGGCUAAAAUACUAGGAGUGUACAGAAUAGGGUACAAAAAUUCUCAGAAUAACACGGAGAAGAAGUUGGACCUUCUGGUGAUGGAAAAUCUGUUUUAUGGUCGAAAAAUGGCACAGGUUUUUGACCUGAAAGGGUCUUUGAGAAAUCGAAAUGUGAAAACGGACAUCGGAAAGGAGAAUUGUGAUCUUGUCCUGCUGGAUGAAAACUUGUUAAAGAUGGUUCGGGACAACCCUUUGUACAUCCGAUCUCAUUGUAAAUCUGUCUUUCGUGCCUCAAUACACAGCGACUCUCACUUCCUCUCCAGUCAUCUCAUCAUUGACUAUUCCCUACUAGUAGGGCGCGAUGACACUACUGAUGAGCUUGUCGUGGGAAUUAUUGAUUACAUUCGAACAUUUACAUGGGACAAGAAGCUUGAAAUGGUGGUCAAGUCUACUGGUAUUUUGGGUGGCCAAGGUAAAAUGCCAACAGUAGUAUCUCCAGAACUGUAUCGAACACGAUUCUGCGAAGCAAUGGACAAAUACUUUCUUAUGGUGCCUGACCACUGGACCGGCCUUGGUGGUAACUGCUGACAUGGCCAACAACGCUCUUUGUCUGAGAUGUUCUGUCCUUCCAGCACAAAAGACUUGGCUGAUGAUAAAGCAACUUUUAGUCUAGAUAUGAGGACGAUGUAACUAUGGCUUCCGUUAUAUCUGUUUUUGCAGAUUGUUUGGAAUAACAGAUAAUAGGUAGCAUGAUGACUGCUGUGCAGCCGGUAUUGUCAGCUUUCUUUGUACAGUUAAACACUGGCCUCCCCAUGAGUCCUACGAAGUCAUCUUUGUAGAACGUUCUCUUGAUAUGUGCUCAGCUGCCUUCUUGACAUUUUCUUUUAUUCAUUUUGGAGUGAAAGCUUCAAACUCAACCACUAAGAAAAAAAACAUAUUCUUGUGAUUUAGUUGAAUCCUGAUGUGUGCCUUGUGUUAUACUCUGUUCAAGGGUCCUGUGAACGUUUUCUUAUUGCACAUUGCAGACACUGCUCACUACACCAUUGUAAAGCUCUAUAAGCAUGUAUUUCUGAAGGCCACUAUUAAAACGACAUUACGUUCAAGUUACCAUCUCAGUAUUACCCAAUACACACUAGAGUUAAAAUAUUUUACAUUUGCUUCUUGGAUUUCAUGGUUUAUUAUCAUGUUAUUUUCCAUGCCUCAUAUAUUAAUGGUAGUUGGAGUAAGGAUUUUCAUAAUUGUCCCCAAUGAAAGUAUGGAAUUACUAAUCUCUCCGGAAUGGGCGCAGAGCUACAGUAACCCAGCACAGCUGUUACACAGUGUAGAGAGCCGUCUCCUCCUGUGCCUCCGGCUCCCUACAUUGUGUUAGUUCCGGUGGACGCGGCUCCAGCACGUAGCUGAUCGGUAGAGGUGCCAGGGUCUGAUAUUGAUUACCUAUACUAAAGAUAGAUCAUCAAUAUCAAAAGUUCUGGAAAACUCAUUCAACUCUCCUCCCUUAGAGGUGCCUGGGGGAAUACUUGUUUUGAAAUAAAUUGCCACCUUUUAGACCAUGGUCGUUCAGAGUGUAGGUAAGGGCAGGAGCUGGGCUGCUUCUGGAGAUGGUACAGGUCAUUGCACAGUGAUUUAAAGGGUACCCAUUAUCAUGAACCCAUCUGCAGGCAGCACAUUAUAAAGCAAAAAUGGCUGAACAGAUUGCUGUAGAGCCUUGUGGGAAAAGAUUCAGUAUAGCCGGUAUUUUAUUCAUCUAAUUCUAUGUUGAUUAUGAGAUUAGUAGUCACGUGGACUAUCCUGUCAGUGAUUAACAGCUAUAGCUCUAUGCACACACACAGGUAGCUGUCAGUCACUAAUGACACCUAAGUUUAGAAGGAGCAGAGAUUUAAAUGAAUAAAAUACUAGUUGUACUGACUUUUUCCCACAAAACUAUAUAUCAAUCUGCGCAGCUCCUCCUGCCCUAGAACAUAGUGCUGCAGACUGAUCAGCUUCCCUUUAAAGGUACAGUACAUCCUUGGACAUCCUACACAUCCAAUAGCAGAAUGCUGGUUCUUGUUGGAAGUACUGUACAGCACCUACACAUUGUGACCAAUCCUAGACUUUCAUUUCCAGAUUUACAUAAGACUCUGAAAGAAAGGAAUUCUGUAUACAGGGUUACUGAAACGUAGAAGGUUGUAUGUUUACAAUUUAUAGUUAGAUGCUUAAUGUAUAGGUUUAUUGUAGUCUAGGCCUUUAUUUGAUUCUCUCCAUUGUAUUGAGGAGACGAGUGCAGAAAAAUACACAUUGUAUUGUCAGAACGUAUCUGGUUUUCAAGAUGAAGCCGGACAACUUAGGGGAUUGACCUGUAAUAAAGAAUAGAGGAUUACUUACCUGACCGAUCCAGCAGUGGUCAUGUCAACAACAAGUGACCACUGCCUCCAAACACUGGGCUCAAUGGUGCACUGAAGAGAGAGGUAUUGGCUGCAGCAGUUUUGUGAUGUCAAUGUGAUGUCACUGCUGCAGCCGGAUAACGGGGCUUUGCCGGCAGAACUGGAGCCCUGUUUUCCUGUUUGUCAGGUGAGUAAUCAUCUAUUCUCUAUUACACAUCAAUCCUAUGAGGUCCCGAUGGCAGGCUCUCAUGACAACAAAAAGCAAUGCUUUACUCUGAAAUCUUGCAGCGUUUUGGAGAAAAUGUAGUUUUAAGAACAACCUGGGCACAGAGAGAAAUGUCUGCUGUCCUGACCUCCUCGGCCUGAUUGCAUUAUAGGGAGAGAUCUGUCAUUCAAGCAGGGCAGGCAGAAACUGCACGGCCGAUUCAUCUCUCGUUCCAGGCGUCACUUCUAAUAGUAUGAAGGGUUUCAGGAUUGUCAGGACUUCACCCGAUGACACCUUUUAUUAGAAAUAAUAUAGCAUUUCUGCUCCCCUUCAUGACAGCAAAUUGGCAUUUAGUAUGACCAUCUCACAGGCCGUGAGCUCUGCGUCUUCAGUUUACACGCGUCUGUGGUCUGUAGAUUUUUAUUUCUUUAUUUUAUGUUUUUUAUUUUGUCAGCAAAAUAAUUUAUUUUGAGAAGCUCCAGAACAAAGGCUAGAAAGUGGUAUUAGUACACAUACAAUGAGAGGAAGACAAGACUUUUACAUGUUCAGAAUGUAUGUGCAUUUAUACAAAUGGAUUUUUUAUUAUGUUAUUAAAGCUGUUAUUUUAUCAGCCACAAUUCUCUGCAAUGUUAGAUAGGAGUAUGCACACUAGCGCAUUCUCCCUAUCCGUUUCUCUCCAGCAGUCCCACAGAGAAUGGUGGUAGGACACAUGAUCAACCUGCUGCUCCAUCAGGACUGGGGUAUAGGACCCUAUGAAUCACUUACCAGAAUACCUCUUUAAUGAAAGCCGAGCUCUGAUUGGUUGCUCCUGGCAACAGGACUGGACAGUUUUGAUACAUCUGUCUAACAUUUGUUAUUCCACUUUUUAUGCUUUUUAUUCUACCCAAUGCCAUCCGGAAAAAGGGGCAUGGAUGGUAGAAAUGGGGCCAGUGCAGUAGUGUGCCUAAGAGUAGUGCUAGAGGGCUUAGGUUUGAGCAGCAGUUUCUUGAAGCAUUAGUUGUACUAUUCACAUCUAGCUAUGCUAUUCUUUUUAUGUGAUGCUAUAGGGAGAAAUGACAGGUGACUAUAGGCCUGAAAGAGAACAUGUCUUCUUCUGUUCUCUUAAUGGGUCAUAAAAAGUUUAAAGGGGUUAGCCAACGCCUAUAGUGCAAUGCCCCCCAGAAUGUCCGGGCCCCUCACACAGGUUAUACUUACAUCGCUUCUCAUGUCUGCAUGGUCGCCACUGCAUCUCCCGGAGACGUGGUUGCCGAGGAAUGAGGUAAGUAUAACUGUGAGAAGCACAGGCAUUUUGGGCGGCACUAGAGGAAGUUAUGUUUCGGGGGGGGGGGAGGGAAUCUUUUUUUAUUAAUUAGAAAAAUCCUUUCAACCCAAAAAAAAUUGCUGUUAAGGUUAAUUUAUGUACUACAUAUUCAGGUCCUGCCAGAGUAUUUUCAGUGUGUUUCUAGGAGUAACACCAGUUUGCACAUGUACUUUAAUAUUUGCACUGAAGGUGAUUCAGGGGCAGAGCACUAUCCACAUAUACACUUUAAUGGGUAGACUAUGGAUAUGCUUCUCUUUGCUUUGUAUAUUACACUGUAAACUAGGUCCACACGCAGACUUUUUAUAGCUCUGUGUUUGUAGUUCAUAGGAGUCAUAAUUUUCGGAACUUUUGAUUAACGUAACAAUUCGGCUACAUUCUCAUCUGUGUUGGAGGCUUCUAUUGGAACCUCUGUGAUAGGAAGCCUGCAGCUGCGAAGACCCUGGUGGAACCCUGACAGAUUCCACAAGUCAAUGGGGUUCAUGGAUGGGUCCAGCAGAGUAUUAUGGCUUCUGUUAGGAGGAGCAGUGCUUGUUUGAAUGCCUGAAGCAUUAAUGCUUUGGUUUCCAUAUACAUAUCAGCCCCUUAUGGCUAUUGUGCUCCUCCCCACUUACUGUAAGAUGGAUCCCAAGAUUGUUUUUAGAAAAUUAAGAUUUUUUACAGUCGCCUUUAUCAUAUUAACAUUCUGCAGUUUAAAAGUUUUUUAUU